GUGGAGGACGUACUCCGCGUCUCCAUCUCCAGCCAUGGCGGACGGCGACCUCUCUCUAGACCACAUGAAGAAGUUCGUCGCCAUGGUGACGCAGUAUCCGAUCCUCAACAACAAGUCUAACACUCCCGAUGCCCGAAAGCAGCGAACCGACGCCAUUAUGUCGAUCAAGGACAGAUUCCAAGAAGAGCUCAACUACGACGUCUCCGAGGCCCAGGUGUGGAAGAAACUGCAGAACAUGAAGUCGAGGGUGAAGAAGAAAGGGGAGCUGAGAGCUUUGGGCAGAAUUGUCAACCUGAAGGAUUGGGAGGCUGAGCUUUUGGAGUUUAUGGAGAGAGACCCUACUGUGCAUUUUCUAGACGUUAAAGGUACACAAGAGAAUGGCCAGAUAAAAACUGAAGUGUUGGUAUCUGAAUGCGACACAAUCAGCUUCAGUGAAGACUCUGAGAGCAUCACCGACAACCAAAUGGCAUUCGAGGACUGCGGACAAGCACUGACUAUAGUCAAACCGGAGAUUCUGAUGGACAAAUCUGAAAGGAAAAGUAGACUGCAAGAGACCGAGGAGACCAGAGACUUGUCGACUGAGGAACUGAAGAGACUGGUGCUUCUGGAGCAGCUGAAAUACUUCAGGAAGAAACAGAAACUAACGGACAUCAAGAUACGACGGGAGUUGCAGAAAGAAAGGGACGAAGCCGCGCCUGGAGAGUGGUCCAACUGAGAAACUGAAGACUGGAGAUGAAAGACUGAGUGAAUAACUUUAUGGACUUUUAUUUUAGACAUAGAAACGUUAUGGUUGUGUA